UAAACAUCCUCCCUCUUUUAUCGCCUCCAAAGACUUAAACGCAGACCAUCUCCUUGUAACCGUAUCCUUUGCUGAGAUCUAAAACAUGGCGGAUGUGGAACCAGAGGUUGCAGCGGCAGGAGUCCCGAAGAAGAGGACGUUCAAGAAGUUUGCCUUCAAAGGAGUCGAUCUCGAUGCUCUUCUCGAUAUGUCUACUGAUGACCUUGUCAAGCUCUUCCCUUCUCGUAUUCGCAGAAGGUUCUCUAGAGGUUUGACCAGGAAGCCAAUGGCUCUCAUUAAGAAGCUGCGUAAGGCUAAAAGGGAGGCACCACAAGGUGAGAAGCCAGAGCCAGUGAGAACCCACCUGAGAAACAUGAUCAUUGUCCCAGAGAUGAUCGGAAGCAUCAUUGGAGUGUACAACGGGAAGACCUUUAACCAGGUCGAGAUCAAGCCCGAGAUGAUUGGUCACUACCUGGCUGAGUUCUCCAUCUCGUACAAGCCGGUUAAGCACGGUAGGCCUGGUGUUGGUGCUACCCACUCCUCCAGGUUCAUUCCCCUCAAGUGAAGAAGAGCUUGUUGUCAUACUUGGGGAAUGCGUUCCAUCUUUUUACAUGGUCUCUUGCCUUUGGUUUCUCAAAGUUUUUUUGACCCUUUUUGUUGUUUCUUUAUGAUGAAAACUUCAUUAGAUACUAUCUCAGCUAUUAUGUGAUCAGGAUCUUAAAAAUCAAAUUGUUUUGAGUUUAA